GCGGGCGCGGCUCUGCAAUUCAGGGGAAGAAAGAGAGAAAGGGGGAGGGUUUUAUAGCGAGGAGUUAAGGCGGUUCGGUAAUUUGGGGGAGAGGGAGGGAGGCGGUGAGGUGUGCGAGAGAAGGCAAAGAGAACCGGUCUCGUGUGUCUUUCCUUGGCAACCAAGGCAGAGACCGGCAGCAGCAGGCACGUCAGCGCUUCCUUGCCCGCGGGUGCAACCGCGGAGCGGGGGAAGAAAACGUGGGAGGGCCGGAGAGCAAGGAGGCCGACGGGCUUGGCUGCCGACACGUGGGCGCCAACCACAACCAGAGAGUCGGGUUCGUUUUCUGGCAGCCGCCGCCCGGCCGGGUCAUGGAUUUGGUGUGAGAAGCGCGUCCACCGGUCGGCACGUGGGCUAGCUUUCCAGAUCGGAGAGGAAAACAAAACGUCGCCGUGGGCGGGGUGUUCCACCAUAGUGAGCCCACGGGCCAACUAAUCUGCUUGGCCCAAGUCCAACUCCUCCAUGUAAUGUUCCAUGGACCGGGCGCAUCUCGAACCCAGCACCACACCCACCCCCGUCUCCCAUUCCCCUGCGAUGGUGCUGGCCGCCGCAUCCGCACGCUGCUGCCUGGCUGUAACUCCCAUCGCUCACCACAGCCGCCCCGCUUCCUCCGCCGCGCUCCGCCUCCCACGACGAAUCACCAGGCCAUCACUCUCCUCCUCCGCCUCGCCGCUCGUCACCGUCGCAUCCAUGGACGCGCCGCCGCAGGGCUACCGCACCAACGUCGGCAUCUGCCUCGCCAACCCCUCCCUCACCAAGAUUUUCUCGGCUUCUAGGAUCGACAUUCCUAGCGCGUGGCAGAUGCCUCAGGGUGGUAUAGAUGCAGGGGAAGAACCAAGAGCAGCUGCUGUUAGGGAAUUGAGAGAAGAAACUGGAGUCACAUCUGCAGAGAUAGUGGCUGAGGCUCCUAACUGGUUAACAUAUGAUUUCCCGCCGGAUGUGAGAGAAAAACUGAAUGCUAGGUGGGGAACAGAUUGGAAAGGCCAGGCUCAAAAAUGGUUUUUAUUUAGAUUUACUGGAAAUGAUGAUGAGAUUAACCUUAGUGGUGAUGGAUCUGAGAAGCCAGAAUUUGCCGAAUGGACAUGGAUGACACCCCAGGAAGUUAUUGAAAAGGCAGUUGAGUUCAAAAAACCUGUAUAUGAGGAAACACUGAAACACUUUGCCCCCUAUCUACAGUCAGAUCCAACCGCUUCGUCGUAGGUCCGACCAGUUUGCAUAUAUUUGUUUUUAUUUGGAGCUACCCUGUUGUACCGAAACCCCAAUAAUUUCCCAUGAAGUGAUGGAGGUAUGCUACUGUUUUAUAAUGGAUGGCCUAUUUUGGUCAAUUAUUAUGUCAGCUUUGGAUCCU